AUGGCUGGUCAUUGGAGUCCUCGACAGCGCACGAAUCGCGCCAACACUGUCGGCGCAUUCGUCUUCUUCGUCAUAUUUAUCUACUUCUUCCGCGAUACUUUUUUACCCUCGAGUACGCCGGCGCGGAAACAUAGAAAUGAUUACUCUCAUAUGGCCCUGGGCGACAACGAUGUCGAGAUGGUGGUGGCGAGUAUGAAGCAUGAAAAUGUUUCGUGGCUUGAUGAAUAUCUCCCUGAAUGGAAGAAGAACAUCUACGUGGUCGACGACAACAAGGCCAAGUUGACUGUGCCUAUGAACAAGGGUCGCGAGGCCAUGGUCUUCCUGACCUACAUCAUUGAUCGAUACGACUCCCUACCCGGCAACGUCGUCUUUCACCACGCCGAGCGCUUCCAAUGGCACAACGACAACCCCGAUUACGAUGCUCUCCCUCUGCUCCAAAACUUCCGUUUCGAUAACCUAAAGAAAGUCGGCUAUGCCAAUUUGCGAUGUGUCUGGGUCCUUGGUUGUCCCGCUGAGAUUCGACCUAUCAAGGACGAAGCCCCUGCGAAGGAGGGUGAACCUAUUCACGCCCGCCAUGUUUACAAGGCCGCUUUCCAAGAACUAUUUCCCAGUCUUGAGAUUCCUGAGGAGGUCGGCGUCACUUGCUGCUCGCAAUUUGCUGUUCGCCGAGAGACCAUUCACUUGCGUCCACGCGCAGAAUAUGUGCGAUUUCGUGAGUGGCUGAUUGUGUCUGCCUUGGGAGAUGACCUCAGCGGCAGAGUUCUCGAGUACUCAUGGCACAUCAUCUUUGGCAAACCUGCAGUCAAUUGUCCAAACGCCGCCGAUUGCUAUUGCCAGAACUAUGGCAUGUGCGAUCUAAAGUGCGAGGCAGAUAAGUGUGAAGGCCAAUACACACUCCCUCCCUUCUCAACCCUCCCCAAGGGUUGGCCCCAGCUCGGAUGGAAGGGAGAGAACCGUGGAUGGAAAGGACAGCCAUAA